AUGGCCCUUGGUUGCCGGUUAUUUCUAAUAAUGACUAAUGGCGCCCGCCGCGACGACAGGGCUCCGCCGCCGCCUCGACCUGCCGGCCGCGGCGAGGCACAGGCGGCGGCGGCGGCAGGAGGCGGCGGUGUCUGGUGGCGUCCCCCGUUGCGCGCCGAGGACGAACACGCCGUCAUCGUCGCGGCGCUCGCGCACGUCGUCGCCGCCGGGAGGCAGGCGCAGCCGCCACCGGCCGUGCUCGGCCAGCAAGUGAUGCUGAUGCACCGGACCGCGGCGGCGCCGCCGCCGACGGUGGAGCCGCAGCAGCGGCCGCGGUACCGCGGCGUGCGGCAGCGGCCGUGGGGCAGGUGGGCGGCGGAGAUCCGGGACCCGGUGAAGGCGGCGCGCGUGUGGCUCGGCACCUUCGACACCGCCGAGGACGCCGCGCGCGCCUACGACGCCGCCGCGCUCCGCUUCAAGGGCGCCAAGGCCAAGCUCAACUUCCCCGCGGGACACCAGUGCCAGCAGCCGGGCGCCACGGCGGCGGCUUCGACGUCGGCGGCGCUGGCGCCGGCUCCGCGGUGGGGGACGCGCCACGCCGCAGGUCCGCCGAGCGCAGCUGCGGCUGGUCCCGGUCAGGAGGAGGUGGAGUUCCCGGACCUCAGCCGGUACGCGCACAUCCUGCAGAGCGGCGGCGACCUGGACCUACAGGCCAUCGCCGGCGCUGGCGGGCUGACGCCGGGUCGGUCCUCGACCACCACGGCCUCGGCGUCGUCAUCGUCGCCGCCGGCGCCGUCGGUGGAUUGGUCGCCAUGGCGAGGUCCUACCUAA